UAAACGGGCAACGAUUCUGUACUGGGAAAAUCGCGUCCAGAAUCAUAUCCACCAACCUUCAAUACAUACUCCCCCCUCCCAAUAAACCAAGCAAAAGAAGAUCAAAAUGGGCAUCUCACGCACAAAGACGAUAAAAAACAAACACUCGGCCAAGGUGGCCAACCUCCGGAACAACAAGUCAUCGUCCUCGCAGGCCGAUGGAGGCAAUUUCGUUAGGACAAAGAAGUCGGGCACGGGGAGCAACAAGCCGCCUCUGACUUCGCAGGCCAAGGGUCGCCCGUCGAUUGCGGACUUGCUCAAGAAGAAAAAGAAGAGAGUGUACACGGAAAAGGAGCUCGGCGUGCCAAAGCUCAACAUGAUCACUCCGGUCGGCGUCGAGAAGCCCAAGGGCAAGAAGAAGGGCAAGGUUUUUGUCGACGACCCUGAGAGCAUAAAUACUAUCCUUGCGAUAGUCCAGGCAGAGAAGGAGGGUCAGAUCGAGUCCAAGAUCAUGAAGGCUAGGCAGAUGGAGGAGAUUCGUGAGGCCAGGCGCGUAGAGGCCGAAAAGAAAGAGGCAGAACGCCAGGCGAAGCUCGAAGAUACUAAGAACUCGCUACGAAAGAAGAGAUCGAGGAGUAGCAAGACGGAUGAUGAUGGAGUGAGCGACCUGGCCGCCACAGGGUCCAAAGCAACCAAGGCAAAGAAGAAGAAGGUUUCCUUUGCCUGAUAUUUUGUGUGUUCUUUCUUUUUCGAUACCAUUGCAAGGCGUUAUGGGGAUUCGGGCUAUGUUGAGUCACAUUAUCAAAAUCAAGGGAAACAUUUGAACUCGGGAA